CGUUGCGUGUAAUCAACAGCAUCAAUCAGCCAUCACUGUCAAAAGUGCUCAAAAGCCGAAAGAGCGCAGUUUUCGUUCGUUGUCUCGCUGUUGUUUCUCCCCGGAUUUAAGAUUAAUGGCUGUUCGUGAUAGAUGCCCGCCUUAGAAUGCCGUCGUCUCCAAGAAGAAAAGCACACCGAGAAAAACGCCGCGACCGCGACGAAACUCGUCCCUCUGGCAGGGAAAGACGGCGGUCAACCGAACGCGACAAGAGCCGGGAUAGAAGUCGGGAGCGUCGAGAGCGAGACAGAGAUCGAGAACGAGAACUGCGACAGCGUGAUUAUCGACGAAGAUCGAGGUCGCGAUCAUUCGAUCGGGACAGAGGUCGUGACAAGUCACCGUUGCCGUCAUCAUCAUCUACCUCGUCCAGACGUCUGCACACAAAGCCUGUAGUAACGGAAGCAGACCUCGAGGGAAAAAGUCCGGAAGAGCAGGAAAUGAUGAAAACGAUGGGUUUUUGUGGUUUUGACACAACCAAGGGUAAGAAGGUUGAAGGGAACAAUGUGGGCGAAGUCCACGUUAUCCUGAAACGCAAAUACCGUCAGUACAUGAACCGCAAGGGAGGCUUCAAUCGACCCCUGGACUUUGUCGCAUAGUUGUUUUCACUGACAUCAUUAGUUUACAAACUAUUUAGCUUUCUUUGUUACGCAGUUGUAACAGCUUUAAUGUUACGCUGCUACUGCUGGAUUUGGUUAUAUUACGGUUUUUGCUCUUUAUAUUUCACAAUUAAUUCAUAACAUAUGGGUGUAUCAAAGUGAUCCUUAGUAUCCAGUUUAUCCUCCACAAUGUACAAUAGUCGCAACACACAACAAACGGGUUCCACAACACUGCAAUAGUAAUUUUUCAUAUACAAACAAUCCAUUACAAAAUUUACCACAGAAUGCAAUAGCCAAAGAAGAAGUGUGAAAGCGGUACAUUCAAUACGGAAUCAGUAUGUUGAUAAGUGCCUUCAAACAUAACAUUUAAUACAUUUUCUUCAAAAUUAAUUACGAACAAAUAUUUAAUUUUCCAACCGGUUUCUCAAUGUACGUUAAUUCAGCCCUCACUCCAAGUAUUGGUCCAAGCGAGUAAAAUUUAAAAAAAUAUAAGUAAGCAUAGUAAGCAAGUUCAAGUUUAGCAUAGUGCAAAACAAAAAAAGUUAUUGUUUUGGAAAAUGUAUGUUUGGAUGUCCGCAAUCUACACUUCUUUUAUAUACACACACACAACAACCUCAAAUAGUUCUAUUCAAUACAGUAAACAGCAUCAUCAAAACAGAAACUUUAAUAUACCUCAUAUAUUAAGUACAUACAAAACCAAUUAUAUAUUCGUCAAUAAGCAAAUAAUAAAAACAACAAUGCGUCGAAUUUCCCAUA